AUGGAAGUGGACGAUAAUGAACCAACAACCCAAACGGUGCAAGCCCGGUUCGUGUCGGAUGUGGGUGAGGAAGCGGGCCCACCAUUAGCUCUGCCGAUAAAUGUGACCAAGGAACAGCUGGAACUGAUUUGCAAUGCGCUACUGAAGAACGACAAACCAACGCCGUAUCUGUUUUUCGUAAACGAUGAGGAGAUUAAGCAAUCGAUCGACCAAACCGUUGACCAGAAGCGAUUGAAUGCGGAAGAUGUACUGGAUAUCAUAUACCAACCGCAGGCCGUAUUCCGAGUUCGGCCAGUAUCCCGCUGUACCAGCACCAUGCCAGGUCAUGCCGAAGCCGUCGUAUCGCUCGCUUUCAGCCCAAAUAGCAUUCAUCUGGCGAGUGGAUCGGGUGACAAAACAUUACGGCUGUGGGAUCUGAACACAGAGACACCGCACUACACGUGCACUGGCCAUCGGCAAUGGGUGAUGUGUGUGGCCUGGGCACCCGAUUCACUCAAAGUAGCGUCUGCGUGUAAAGCAGGUGAAAUCCGCAUUUGGUCCCCAGAUACGGGCAAACAGCUUGGUCGACCACUGGUUGGGCACAAAAAGUGGAUCAGCUGUCUGUCCUGGGAACCUUACCAUCGGAAUGCAGAAUGUCGUUUUCUGGCAAGUGCAGGAAAUGAUAACGAUGCACGCAUAUGGGAUGUGGUGUUGGGAACGUGCGUAAAAGUGAUCGCUGGUCAUACGGCAUCGGUUACAGCGGUACGCUGGGGUGGUGCCGGACUGCUGUACACUUCAUCUCGCGAUCGAACGAUCAAGAUGUGGCGUGCGGAGGACGGUGUCCUAUGCAAAACGUUCACGGGGCAUGCACACUGGGUGAACAAUUUGGCACUCAACACAGAUUACGUAUUGCGUACGGGACCGUUUCAUCCGGUGAUGGACAAAAGCGUAAUGCACGGAGAUGGUACCAACAAGGACGAACUGAAGCGGAUGGCAUUAGAGCGUUACGAGAAAGUGUGCCCGGACGGAGUUGAAUCGUUUGUAUCGUGUUCAGAUGACUUCACGCUGUACCUAUGGAAUUCAAACCAGAAACAAUUCGUCACUCGUAUGACGGGUCACCAGAACGUGGUAAACGAUGUUAAAUAUUCGCCGGAUGUGAAGUUCAUUGCAUCCGCAUCGUUCGACAAAUCGAUCCGAUUGUGGCGAGCUGGAGAUGGUGCUUUUAUUUGUGCGCUACGUGGGCACGUGCAAGCCGUUUAUACGGUGGGUUGGUCGGCCGAUUCACGAUUAAUACUAAGCGGCAGCAAAGAUUCCACUCUGAAGGUAUGGAGUGUGAAAGAGCGUAAGUUGGUACAGGAUCUGCCAGGCCAUGCGGACGAAGUGUACGGCGUAGACUGGGCUCCAGAUGGUUCCCGAGUUGCUUCGGGUGGCAAGGAUAAGGUGUUAAAGCUCUGGGCAUAUUAA